UUUAGUACUUCUGUUGUAAAGCCUAAGCGGUGUAGUCGAGAUGGUUCACUUUGUUUCGCUGGGUUUCACAAAGCUUCUUCCCCGCUGAUAAACCUCUCCUUCCAGCUCAGUCUCGCUAAUCUCGGUGUUCAUCCUUUGACGUCUAAUACAGGAUAUACAGCCCACACACUUACAAAGAUUAGGCCAACAGAUAUCUGGAGCCAGUCAAAUAUCCAAGGACGUUUCCCUUCACAUUUACUUGAAAAUACUGAGUAUCAAAUUGUUUGCACUAUUUCCCCCUUUUUCCAGCAUGGCAAAUCAGGAGCUGCUGUAACUGACUUUCAACCAGGGUUAUGGCGAAGUAAGAUUGGGUCAAUAAAAUCGUUAUUUGUAUCCAGAAUGAGGAGAAGAUUCCCAAUUUUCAGUGUUGUUCGUUUAUAUUGUACAGGGAAUGCAGAGGUGCAGCCUCAAUUGUCUAUUGACCUCAUUAAAAUAAUGGACCAAAGGUUAUCAGCGAUUGAGAACAGGAAUGCUCACCUUGAGCGUUUUUUAGAUCAGCCUGAAUUGACACCUUCUGAAUAUUCAACGGCCAACAAAGAGCUCAGGAAGCUCAGAGAUUCAGUACAUCUCAUAAGCGAGUUAAGGGCAAAACAGAAGGAGAUUAAGGAACUGAAAUCAGUAAUAUCUGAAUGUCAAGAUGACAAAGACAUGCAGCAGAUGGCUUCUGAAGAAUUGAGUGAAGCCACAGAAGGAGAGAAGAAAUUUCAGUUUCUCCUUCUGAAGUCAUUACUACCCAAAGAUGAUGCUGACGAGAGGGACUGCAUUCUUGAAGUGAGGGCAGGAACUGGAGGGGAAGAGGCUUCUUUAUUUGCGAUGGACAUAUUCAAAAUGUAUGAAAAAUAUUCUGUGAAAAAAGGCUGGAAGUAUGAGGUUCUAGAAAUAGCUGAGUCUGAUCUUAAAGGAUACAAGGAAGCUAUUGCUUCUAUCUCUGGAGCUGGUGUGUACGGGAAACUAAAAUUUGAGAGUGGAAUACACAGAGUUCAGCGGGUGCCUGUGACAGAGAAAGGUGGACGUAUUCACACCAGUGCUGUCUCUGUUGCAAUUCUCCCGCAGGCAGAUCAGCUAGAUGUGAAGUUGAAGAAUGAAGAUUUGAGAAUGGACACUUACAGAUCAGGGGGAUCAGGAGGUCAGCAUGCAAACACCACAAACAGUGCUGUUAGAAUCACUCACGUGCCAUCAGGAAUAACUGUUUCCAUACAAGAUCAGCGCUCCCAGCAUAUGAACAAGGCCAAAGCACUAAAAAUAUUAUGUGCAAAACUAUAUGAAAUAGAGCGACUCAGCAGUCAGUCAAGUAGAUCGAAACUUCGAUUGGAGCAGAUUGGCAGUGGGGACAGAUCAGAGCGGAUCCGCACCUAUAACUUCCCUCAAGGACGGGUUACUGAUCACCGUGUUGGCAUCACAACGCAUUCCAUAGAUGAUGUUCUCCAGGGAGAAGAUUUGGAUGCUUUUAUUGAUGCUCUCCUAUUGCGGCAGGAAAUGGACGCGAUUGCAUCAUUCAGCUCCACGUAAUGUUAUUGAUCACCCUUUAUUGAUCACCCUUUGGUGGAGGGAUUGUGCAUUGAUAAAUUGUUGUUUCCAUUGUGCUUGAAGCUGUUAUAAGAGCAGCAGUUUUUAACCUUUAAAUACAUUAGAAUGGAGGGAAGAAGUUAAUACGUUUUAGGUUAGGGAAGCUGAAAAUAAUGUAGUUGGUCGGACACAAGUCAGUUUUUGUAGUGGAUUUGGUAGGGAUACAAGUCAUUUUUAUCAAAUGUAUUUUCCAGUAUUUGGUGUCCUCA